UGGAAGCCAUCGUCCAUUGUGGCCAAUGUUUGGAGAAUAUAAAUACCUUCCGCCGCAAAGAUGGGUUCAUUCUUUAGAGCAUGGUGCGGUCGUAUUGCUGUAUCACCCAUGCAUGGCAGACAAGCCGGAACUUGCGGCAUUGAGGUCAUUGGUUCGAGACUGCCUUGGAAAGCAUAUCAUUACACCAUACAGACAUAUAACCCGAAACAUGCCGUACGCUUUACUGACCUACGAACAUGGGCUUCUUAUUGGAUUGUUCAGACCCACGCAGGAGGAGGAUGUCAACAUUGUCGUAAACUUUAUCAAAGCACAUGCCCUUGACGCCCCGGAAGCAAUGGUGUUUGAGGAUGGUCAGUAUUCUAAAGGGCUCAUGGAAAGUGCGACAAAAUAUUCCGACCUAAAAGAGACCAGGGAAAACGUGUGUGCAUUUCUUAGAUAAAGACUCUUUUGACAAUAUUGUUGAUUUCAUUU